AUGUAUAAAAAGAUAGAGCCUGAUGAUUUAGUGGUUAAAUUUGAUACAGAACAAAGAAAAUUAAAAGAAGAAUGGUAAGAAUGGAUGCGUAAUACAAGUGUAGAAUUAUUAAAGUUAUCUCGUUUUCUUGUUUUGAAUCCAUGUUCAUCAAUAGCUGAAAUGUAUUAGACAUUGGCAUAUGAAUUAUUUAAUAUUGCAUUCGAUUUAGCAUGGUAUUUCCUAAAUGACAAACAUAAAGAAUUAAUUGUUCAACAUUUAGUAAGAAUUAUUAAGGCAGAAAAUAUACCUCUUUAGAUUUCAUAAACCAUUUUAAAUUUAGCAGAAUUUAUGUAACAUGAUAAGGAAAGAUUAUAAAUUGAUAUUAGUUCUUUAGGAGAAUUAGCUGAAAAAUGA